AAAGUACAAAAUCUAUAAAAACAAUAGAUAGAAAUGCUGAAAUGCAACUUCAAAGAAGAUGACCGAAUACAAGUGUGGACACAGAAAAGAAAGUACAAACAUUUAAUGAAUAUCCACCAAAAAAAAAUUGGAGGAGAAGAAGAUAAAUAUAAUAAAAUAAAUACAAAAGUCCAACACUAUCAUAUCCAUCUUCUCACAGCACCGUCUCCCUCCUCUUUCUCUCUCUCUCCUUUUCACCCUGCAACCUACUUGCUCUCUCUCCCCUUCUAUUUUUUAAUGCUACCAAAUUGCAUGCAGCCAAUCACCCCCAUCCCCUAAUCUCUAUCCCAUAUUCCAACAUAUAUAAAAAUUCCAAAAUCCAAAAAAUAAAAAAUCAUGAAGAGAGAAUUGGCAGAAGAUAAACAAGAAGAUCACAAUCACACCACUAUGUUCUCCAAACUCCACCACCAAACCCUCAACGCCAACUUCCACAACCUCUCCUCCGCCGCCGCCUCCGAUUACGCCCCCGCCUCCCAAGAAGCCGACAGCCACACCCCCAAUGCCGCCAAAGACGACCCCCUCGCCUUCCCCCAGCGCAGCGACGGCGGCACCAUCGAGGUGGUCCGCCGCCCCCGGGGCCGCCCCCCGGGGUCCAAGAACAAGCCGAAGCCCCCCGUGAUCAUCACGCGCGACGUCUCCGAGCCCGCCAUGAGCCCCUACGUCCUCGAGCUCCCCGCCGGCGUCGACAUCGUUGACUCCACCGCCCGCUUCUGCCGCAAGCGGAACAUCGGUCUCUGCCUCCUCAACGGCAACGGCGCCGUCACCAACGUCACCCUCAAGCAGCCCUCCACCACCCCCGGCGCCACCGUCACCUUCCACGGCCGCUUCGACAUCCUCUCCAUCUCCGCCACCAUCCUCCCCCCCGCCGCCGCUGCCGCGGCCGGGGCCGUCCCCUUCGCGCUGUCGCUGGCGGGGCCGCAGGGGCAGGUCGUCGGGGGCCACGUGGUGGGCCCGCUCAUCUCCGCCGGGACCAUUUACCUCGUCGCCGCUAACUUCAGCAACCCAUCGUUCCACCGCCUGCAGCCGAUGGAUCACGACCAAGAAGAUUCCGGCCGCGACGGCGCCGACCAUGAUGAUUCUCCGAAGACAACCUCCGGUGGCGGAAGUGGCGGCGCGCCCCCGACGUCUGGCGGUGCUUCCAUGUACAGCUACCAGCCGACCGAUGUCAUAUGGGCUCCCGCCACCAGACAUCAGCCGCCGCCUUACUGAUCAUAAUUUUGGACAUUAUCUCUCCCGUAUUUUAAUUUAAUAUUAAUAUUCUCUUAUUAUAUUAGCUUUUGAUUAGUUUGGUUGUGGAAAUUCUUGCUUGUAAUUUUUUAUUAGCUCUCUACAGUUAAUUAAUUCAAAAAUUUGACAAAA